GGUCUUUCACUUAUAGAUGGAGUACCACUGUACUCUGUCUUUAGAGGUGGGGAAUGACAUGCAGGAAAGACGCCACAUCAUAUUUAUCAUUUUGCACUGGAGACAUGGUUGUUCUUCUGCCUUAGCGUCUCGGUCUGAUUGUAUUUCCAUGAAGUAAAGAUCAUAAAUGUUCUUCCUUGAGCUGCGUCACCCCGUUGUAGUCUGUAAUGGACUGGCCUGAGGUCUCGCUACAAAUAAGCGGCUGCUGGAAGAGAGUAGGUGAGUUGUGUUUAGUCUCUUUACUAAAGAAAUUAGGCAAAGUUAAAAAGAUGUUUGGUGGCUAGUGCUAUGGCUGGGACCCUAUAUGUCCUGUUGAUGAAGUUAGGUGCUGUUCUGAGCAUUAUUUGUGGUUAUAGAGUGGCGUUUUGGUUGAGGUUUGUUUAUGGCUCCUCAGACUGCUGUGUAUUGCUAUCGUGUGGUCGUUUCUAAAGUUGGUAUAACUAGAGAAGCACGCGGUCGGCAACAUUCAUCUCUCAGUGUUACGGUGUGUUUGACCCCAAAUUGAUUUUACCCCGGAAUAUCCCUUUAAACCACUAGUAAUAUCUUUUGGCAGAAAAUCUCAUCCUGCUGGUCUUUGACAGUCAAACUGUGAAUAUUCCAUGAAGAAAAUAUAAAACUGGCUGUUUCCCUAGGGCUGCUUGGCUCACGCCUACUCCUCACACCAAUUUCAGGUGUUUAAUAAAACUGUUUCAAAAUCAUAAAUCUUUUCCCCGAUGGUCUUGUUUGCUUUUGUGUGUCAUAGAAAAACAUCAGGAUGAACUUUAUUCUUUUCUAUCAAUGUCCAAAAAUUCCUUACAGGAGCUUUAAUGUCCCUCAUAAUAUCAUAAAUCUGCUCAUUCACAAAACGGUCAUAUUUUAACCUCCUUGCUUUGAUUUCUAAUGCUUGUUUUUAAAGAUUUUAAUGCAAUAUGUAAUUUAAAUUUGCAUUUCCAUGUCUUACAAAUAAAGUAACCUGAAAGUGGCUCAAAUAUAUAAAGACUGUCAAUCCCUUCUUUAAAUGUUUAUGUUUCAGUUGCAUUAUUAUUGGUCAGUUUAUUUUACAGUGUGUUGAUAGUCUCGAGUUCUGAUGACUACCAGGUCCUUUCUCACUUUGAUAGCUCUGACGCACCAGCAGUGAUCCCUCUGAGGUCUCCAAUGUAAACCACAUCACGCUGCGCUCACAUUUGGGCUGGCUGCAGCCUGGAGCCACACUGAUGAAGUGACGUGAGCUCUUGACGACGCUAAAUGGCAGCACUUGAAAUAGCCUACCUGCCAGCCCCGCUCACCCACUAGCUGAUGCGAUCACGACCCCAUUAGCAGCGUUUCAGCACCGCGGCGCCCUGGACAGCUCCUCCGCAGAUUUUCUUUCACUCCAGGAUCAUUAAUUUAAGGUGGAAAAUAGAGACACACAAUUCUGUUUAGUUUUCACCUCAAGGAGCUGGAACUUUAGGGAAAAGAAAUGGAUAUAAACCGACCAGCAAAUGUCUCCUUUUUUGACUUCAUUGGAGGAGUUCAACUUCUCCAGGGGGAGGACACCAGAACAGCCAUGCCGGUCAUCCUCAUCGGGAUCUGCGUCUCCGGAGCUGUUGGAAAUUUGCUCGUUUUGCUGAUUUUCAUCCGUGACUUUAGGAACGGAAAGGGCUCCGAGGUGAAGGCUCUCCUCGCCUCUCUGGCUUCCACAGACUUGGUGAUCUUGCUGCUGUGCGCCCCCGUGCGCGCCAUCACCUACUACAAGCAGUCCUGGACCCUGGGGAGUUUUGUGUGCAGCACCACGGACUGGUUCCAGCACUCGUGUGUGGUUGCGAAAACUUUAAUCCUCGCAGCUACCACCAGAGCCAAACACACUUUGGUCCCCAGCACCGGGUCGGGGUCCUUCUCUGGACCGACGUGGAUCCACGGAGCCCUCGCGUUCAUUUGGAUCGUGUCCAUGAUGUUCCCUCUUCCUCAGAUGCUUUUCGCCGCUUUGGUGCCGCACGGACGCGACAAAAUCUGCGUCUCUGAGAUGCCGGUGUGCGCGUCUGACUUCAUGAGUUUGUUCUACAAGAUUUAUCCAACUGCGACCUUCGUGGUGCCGGUCAUCUUUACGCUCGCCUACUACACGAAAACGCUCCACGCUGCCGUGAACCACGAACCCAGCCCGCAGCACCAGAGCAAAGUCACCCUGGUUCUGCUGUGUCUGAGCGGCGCCCUGGGGCUCAUGCUGCUGCCAGAGUGGGGGACUUUCACCUGGAUUAGACUCGGCUACAACAAACCACCUGUGGGCCUCAUCAUCUUCGCGCAAGUCUUCCUUUACGCAUGCAGCUCUCUCUCUCCAGUCGUCCUCAUGACCAUGUACGACGACGUGCGCCAAGGGCUCAUCGCCAUCUGGUUCAUCGCGACCUGCAGAGGCUCAAAGCAGCUCCCCAACAACAACACCACCAAGAAGAACAAGAAGUGUACAAAGACGGAGGGGAACGGAGCAGAAGUGGGGGCCAACGCCGUCGCCAACGCCGUCUCAGGGGGGGACACAGAGAAGGAGAAGACCAUCCCGGACGUGGAGCACUUUUGGACAGGGCGCAGGAACACGCAAAUCGAGGAGGAGCAGGACCCAGUUCCGUGGGAGAGAGAGGAGAAGAUGUUGUAAUAAGGCGGAUGAGAUGUAAAAGAGUCAGAAGUUGGUUGUUAGAUCGUGGACCCGCAGUGCAGACCCUCGUUGACCGGUUGUAGUGGCCUGUGUGCUGUCGUGAGCUUUAUUAGAUUAUUAAAAAACAAACUUUGAUGUUUUAUCUUCAUGUUUCUAUCUUCUUUUAUUUGUGCUGCACAGUCCAGUAAAUCACCUUCAUUGUACAAACAUGAUGCCAGUGUAAAUACCCAUAAUAACACUGAAGCUCAUUGAUUGUGAGUGUGAUGC